AUGGCCGCAUCAAGUCGCAUGGGAAAGUUCACUCUUGGCCCUGAUUGGAUUCCGCGCAAACUGGAAGUCGAGAUUGACCUUGGUCCUCGUAUUUACACAGAUAAUAAAGAGCUCAGUCCUCUUGGUCCAUCGCUUGACUGGCAUCUCGACUUACGAGCCUAUAGAGCCGGGGGAGGUCUUCAACCUGGGGAACAGCCACUAUCGGAUGGUGAUAAUGCAGGCAGUACUAUGAUUAUCUGUAUAAAUAGAUCUUUUGACCAAUUAUUGCAUGAAAGCAUGCUUUUUUCUUAG